UCGAACGCGGAAUCGGCGAAGCGCCGUCGUUUCCGCUCGUCCCGCAGACGGUGUCAAAUGACGAACGAGUGCGGCCAGGCAAAGGAUUCGGAAAUUCUUUCAGAAAAACAGUGGGAAUAUGACAUUUUUGCAACUUUUAAAAAUGUCAAUUUGUUUGGAGUAUGGCGUCGAGCCGCUAACAAUAUAAAACAUACUCGCGCCUGAGACGAGAAUUUCAAGUGAAUCCGACCAAACAUAGAAUACAGGAUGACCUUAGAAUAGCCCUUUACUGUCAUUAUACAGUUGUACAAUGAAUUGAAAAAUGACAGGCCCCAAAUUUGCAUAAGUGCCAUUUCUUUUUUUUUGUCCGAAUAAAAAGAGUAUUUUCAGAACAUCAUAUUAAAAAUGAGUUUUAGCCGCAGUCCCUUCUUAUCCCCCCGGCCCCACACCGCCCAAGGGGAAAAAAAAAAAAAAAGACACCUAUCCAAGUGAUGGGCCUGUCCUCCACUUUCUGGGUCAAUCUGGCCUGACUUUGUUAGAAUGAGAUCGUUCGUUCGCUUAGAAUAAGAUCGUUCGUUCGCUAUGACUUCCAGCGAAGAAUGGGGGGUGAGGACGGUCGGUCCCUUUUCCGGGCUUUUUGGUUUUCCCGCGGCACUUGAAGGCCGGCCUUUUUGUUUUCCCGCGGCACUUGAAGGCAGCGCACUCGGUUCCUCACGGGAGGUAGGGGAGUCUUCUUAUUUUCCCGCGGAGCGUGAAGGCAUCACGCUCGACACCGUUCGCCCAUUGGGCCGCCGCGCGUCGCCACGGCAACGUAUUUUUAAAGAGGGAUUUGCUCCAACUCGUUUUUCGACUCGUCGUUAAUCCCGGCCAGCCGGCUGGCUCUAGCUAACCGCGCGCUAACAUAUGUCUAGAGGGCGACUCGUCGACGACAAAACGUCCCGAAGCUUCCCGGGGACAUUCGAGGCGCAAUGGCGAGUUGAGGACAAAGUUGGCAACUUGUUGACGGCUAGCUUAGCGGGCGGCUAGCCUUCUCGCCGUCGACAAGUUGACUUCCAGGAUUUAGGCGAACCCAUGAACCAUACGCCGGUUCUGACCGCCUUGUUCGGCGUCACGGACGACGCCGGGCCGCCGCUCGGAGCCGCAGAGUUUAUCAAAGAGCGUCUGUAUUUUGCCACGCUACGAAGCAAACCCAAAAGCACGGCCAACACGCACUACUUCUGCACGGACGACGAGUUUGUCUACGAGAAUUUCUACGCAGACUUCGGUCCUCUUAACUUGGCCAUGCUGUACCGAUACUGCUGCAAACUCAACAAGAAACUCAAGUCGUUCACGCUGAGUCGCAAGCGCAUCGUCCACUACAGCAGCUUCGACCAAAGGAAACGCUCCAACGCGGCCGUGCUCAUCGGAGCCUACGCGGUGAUCUACUUGAAGAAAACUCCGGAAGAGGCUUACAGAGCUUUGGUGUCGGGAUCCAACGCCGCCUACCUGCCGUUCAGGGACGCGUCGUUCGGGAAGUGCACCUUCAACCUCGGCGUUCUGGACUGCCUACAGGGCAUCGGGAAGGCGCUCCAGCACGGCUUCUUCGACUUUGAGUCUUUCGACGUGGAGGAGUACGAACAUUACGAGCGCGUGGAGAACGGCGACCUCAACUGGAUCGUUCCGGGGAAACUUCUGGCCUUUAGCGGCCCGCACCCUAAGAGCAAAAUGGAGAACGGUUACCCGCUCCACGCGCCCGAGUCCUACUUCCCGUACUUCCGGGCGCACGGCGUGGCGGCGGUGGUGCGUCUCAACAGCAAGAUCUACGACUCCGGUCGCUUCGCCGACGCCGGAUUCCGCCACUCGGACCUGUUCUUCGUGGACGGGGGCACGCCGAGCGACGUCAUCACGCGACGCUUCCUUGCGCUGUGCGACGCCACGCGGGGCGCCCUGGCCGUGCAUUGCAAAGCCGGUCUGGGCAGGACGGGCACUCUGAUCGGCUGCUAUCUGAUGAAACAUUACCGCUUCAAGGCGCCCGAAGCCAUCGCCUGGAUCAGGAUCUGCAGGCCCGGCUCCGUCAUCGGUCCUCAGCAGCACUUCCUGGAAGAGAAGCAGGCGUGGCUGUGGUCGCUAGGAGACCAGCAGCGCUCCCAGGGGUUAAAGUUCACAGAGGACGAGGACGCCGUGCUCGACCUCGUGUCCGGCGUGGAGCGCGUGACCUUGAACGCGGCGGCCGCGCGAACUUCUUUUGGCUCGCGUGAGCAGCGUGACGGGAGCGAGCGGCUACCGCCGCCGCCGCCUCAGACUCAGGGAGACAAGCUGCGAGCCCUUAAAGGUCGUCGCCCCCUCCGACCCUCCGCCUUCAGAUCGGAGCAGCGCGACGGGGCCGUGGCGCAGCCGAUCAGAGCGUCGACGGGCGCCGAUCGGGACCGGGCGGGAUCGGCGCCGCUCCAGUCGGCCAAGAGGACCGCUCGCGGCGCUUUGUCAUCGGCAAGCGGCACGAGUCGCUUCGGUCAGACCUGGAUACCUUCAAGAAGAUCCGACGCACCUUGAGGGAAAGGAAAAAAACGGCAGACGCUUAGGAUUUCUCCCAACGACACGCUCGGCGGCUAAAACUUUGACCUCGACGGGCGACGCGCUGGCGUGCGAGCCAGAGCUUCUCCGCCCGCAUCGGCCCAAAGAGAAAGGGCGGCGGACGGCCUUUGAUGAAGACUGACGGACGGAUGGCCGGCCGCGUGUAGCUGACGGCGGCCUUCUACCUCCCGGCCGCUUUCCCAGCGAGGCGUGUCAUUUAAUCAUUUCAAAUCAACUAAGUACGGUUCGGGGUAUUCCAUAAAGGAGAUUCGUCAAAAGCCAGAUGUAUCAGUCUGCCUUGAGAUUGGAAACACCGGUUCCGAAGUAGGUCAUCUUAACUCGUUUGCUCCCAAAAACGUAUAAAUACGUUCUAUUUUUAAUUGUUUCAGUGUCCCAAAGACGUAUUUAUACGUCUUUUACGUUUUUUUUCCCCAAAAAAGACAUCUCUGGCUUCUGAUUCAAUUGAGGUCCAAAGCACAAAGCUGAAAAUCCAUUUUAAAGCAAUAAAACUGGCCACCGGAGGGCAGUAGCGUAAGGCCCGCAACCCUAUUCGACACCAACGAGAGGCAAAGCCGGGGCGCCGGCGGAAGACGACCGAACGGAUGCCAGGCGGCGGACCAUCGAGCGGAACAACCGGUAGGACGCCCGGGAUGCCGGCCGCCGGACAAUCGGGACCACUAGAUGCCGUUAAGCCCGUUCUUCCUGCGAGCAGAGCCCGCAGACUCCAAAAAAUUCAGCUUUUUUGAGGGAAAAGUUUAAGCGGCGGUCGCGGCCCACGAUACCGCCAUCUUUUAGUUAGUUAUGAGUAAAUAAAUUGUUACUCUGCUAUCAAAAGCUCUAUUUGUCUGGUUGGUUGUGAUAUUUUGUAAAAGGAAAACAUUAUUCAGAUAUUUGGGAUGUAAUUAAAACAAAAAAUAGCUGUGUUAAAGUCAUGUUUGAAAUGUAUGCUUUCACAAAAAGCUCAAUUUCUCUUUUCAUCAGAAAUUGGAAAAUGGCUCAAACUAUGCUGAUUUCUAAAGAAUGGAAAAAGAUGAACUUACUUUUUUUCUGCUGAAAGAAGAGAGUCUAGUCUUUCUUUUGGGGGGUUCCAUGUUUAAAUAGCAAUAGAACAGAAUUUUCUGCGGGCCUUGCAAAAUCAGUCAAAAUCCAGUCAAACGGCCGGGAGCGAAGGGCCUUGCUCCGGUAAAAAUGGCUAUGAGUUAAUGAACGGUUCCAAUUUUUUUGGUCAUAUCUGAUUAUUUGGCGUGCCAUUUCAGACUGCCUCUGUCUAUUGAGCCCGUUCAAUUAUUACGCAUGCGCACUAAUCGGCAGUCCGACGCGCUGAGCAACUGACCGGCAUGUGCAGAAGCAUAAAAGAAAUGACUACAUAUGCUGGCUCUGCAUCAUUCUAGGGUGAUCAUAUUUAGAAGAAGAAAAAAAAAAAGCCUUACAUGAACAUUCCCCAAUUAGUCUCAUAUUCAAGGUUUAUAUGGAUCGAUAGAACGCACGCACAUACGGUCAAUUUGCCCCACCCGACUCUCGGCCAAUACGGUACUGCUCAUUUGGAGCACAGAAAGAAAACUGAGCAUUCUCAGGCUUUUUAAGCGCCCCAUUUUAUUGAUUUUUUAAAUGGCCGCCGUCAAGCCCGCCUCUUCCCUAAAAGCAGAGUUCAAUCUCGGCGCUAGCUAACGCUAACGUACAGCUCCGUCGCUGCCGUCUUCCGUGCCUCUCGCCCUUUGCUAACGGGGUCAUCGCUGCACGAAUUUCCAUUUGGGAGACUUGAUAGUUCAGGCCGCCUGUCACAUCCUGGGGAAAAAGUGGCCCUGAUGGGAUUUUAACCCCAUACGAAAGAGACCAAGACGGAAUUUGAAAUUGUUAACGCCUCACCCGAGUGGGGGAAAAACACCCAAAAAUGGGAUUUGCGAAUGAAGAUCUGCGGUAUGAACCUAACCUUGGAGACUCCUUCGGUAGCUUUUGUAGUUGAUAAAAAGCCUCACUUUUAUCAAAUUCAAGUGAGUGAAGUUGAUAUCAUUGUUUUAAAGCCAGUCGCUUUGGAACCUUUUUGUUGUAUUUGUUCUUCCUUGCUGCUAUGCUUGUUUCAUCCAGCAGAGUGUGCUGUGCUGUACUUUUUCAUUCAUUUUCCAUGCCGCUUUUCCUCACGAGGGUCGCGGAGGUGCCGGAGCCUAUCCCGGCUAACUACGGGACGACUGCAGGGUACACCCUGAACUGGUUUUUCGUUAGGGAUAAAAGUAUUAUCAGCCUGUCCUAUAGGCCAGUGUUUUUCAACCGAUGUGCCGUGAGAGAUGGUCAGGUCCGCCGCGAGCAAUCGUCCAAUAUCAUUUUUAUGUUUUUACGUCGUCAGGCGGAGUAGGUAGAAGGUUUCGGCCAAGUGCUGAUGAGCGCGCUAUUGCUCGUGUUGCGUUCAAGAACUGCUGGAAUUUCUAGCCAUCAGCGACCUUGCUGUCCACGUGGACCCCAUAACGUCUACUGUACACCAUUUGAUUAGACUCGUCAAGUGUCUAUAUACAAGAAAGUGUGCUCUCCAUUUUCUCCAUAUGUGACGAAUGUCAACCCUUUGCCCCUGCCGGUGUUUUAUUCCAACAUAUUGUCGAGGAGGGCAAGGUAGCUAAAAAUCCGAGCAGUUCUUGAACGCGACAUGAGCAGCUAUCCGCCAUGGUACCAAGCAAGCUUAAAUGUCAUCUCCAACUCAACACCUGUCGCUUCCAAACAAGUCGAACUAUAAAACACAGAGAAACAGGCAAGUUUUUUGAGAAAAACUACAAAGUUAAAUGAGAAAGCCCUCAAAGCCUUACCUUGUUGCCGAACUUGUCGCGUAAUCCAAAAAGUCCCGCACUGUGGCAGAGACAUUGAUAUCACCUGCCUGCUAAGCCAUUGUCAGCAAGAGGCUCGGCCCUGAUGCAGUUAAAGACAUAGCUGAAGUCCCCCUGUCUGAUAAUUAUGAGCUUUUUAAGCCUAACUGCUCUAAAACAAUAAAAACAGAGCUGUAGAGCUUUGUGUGUUUCUUGAAUUUCUGCCAGGAUAUCAGCUUUGUGUUCAUCUAAACAGGCUCAAGUUUCACACUGAGUAAGUUUAAAUAGAGAAAAUAUUUUCUAGUGAAAUAUACUGUACAGAAAGUCAUUUUGAAACAUCUUUGGUUUGUUGUGUGACGCCGCGAGGUAUUUUUCAAUGUAAAAACGUGCCGUGACUCAGAAAAGGUUGAAAAACACUGCUACAGGCCGUACUGGCACCACGCUUGGAAAGUGAAAUUGGCUCCACUACGCUGGAUCUAUGUGUUCAAUGCAUUGUUUGCAUAGACCAUACCCUUCCAGACUCUUGUCAGGCUUUAAAGUUCGACUCAGAACAUUGGUCACCAGCCAGAAAUAUGUGUAGGCUAUAUGAGAAUAUCCCAAAAAUGAAAAUCUAGGUGUUGCUGUUUUAAGUGCUACGUUCAUUCUGGCAACACUGAAUCUUUAUCAGAUUGUAUAAAUACAUCUAGCAAACAUUUACAACAAGUAUUGGUGUCUUAGUGAUUUCAGAGUGAGAAACGGAGCUAGCUCAUUUCUCGAAGGAAACGCUUCAACCCAAGUGAUUUGCACCCAGCACAACGAAAUCUAUAGUAAAUUGAGCUAAAAGCUAAUGUGUCAUAUCCUAAAAAUAUCACAGCCUACAGUGUAUUGAAAGAUAUGAAAAAAAAAACAAAAACAAAAAAACACCGUGGCCAUAAAUGGCUGAAAAUCAACCCAAUUGCUACCACACCCUCCUAAAUUGGAAUCAUGGGCAAAAUGGAAUAAGACCAAAAGUUUCAUACUACAGUGUCUAUGAAUAUGAAAAUCUAGAAUAAUACACAUACAAAUAUAUAUAUAAAAAUGAAAAACUACAUGGUGCAGCGUAGGCUAUACAGCAUUACUCAUCAAUAUCACUUUCAUCAAAGUGAUCAUCCCAUACAGCUCUGUCCCAGAAAGAUUCUCGCAUGCUUGGCACCGUCAUCAAUAUGUACUUGCAGCGGGGCCAGGCCAUUUGGGGGCCCUGCCCUGAGCAAAAUAAUGCCAAGGGGCCCAUAUUUUUGGCCCGCCAUUACGUCACAGUGUACUGUGAAAGCCAUACAUGCAAUCCAACCCAUACGUCCAUAUUUUGUAUAUUAAUCAAAUUUUGUUGCACUGCAUACUCAAACUUCUCACCCCAAAUGAUUGUCAGUACUUAAGUAGAUGGUGCCAAACCUUUUUCUAAAAGCGGAAAAGAAAGGAAGGAAGAACUUUUAUUUUUUAAGCUUGUGAUCAAGUAUCAAAACUCACAAAAGCCAAAUAAAGCAAACUGUAGUAAACAACAUAGAAUAUAAACAAUUUCACAGUCUCACAAUGUACUGUACAGUCACAACCAGUACACAACUGUUGUAUAAAGUGAAAGUCAAAUAUCACAACAGCAAAUGAAUUAUAUCGUCAGAUAGUUCAUAAAACAAAUGAAUUGCACAAACAGAAGCCAUGACUAACUUACAACUAAAAGCUUCCUUCAAGUAUAAAGUGCAAAAAAUGGAAACAGAGGAAACUUCAAGAACUUUUGUUUUUUAAGCUUGUAAUAGUAUCAAAAUUUACAUAAAUUAGCAAUCUGUAGUCAAAUAGAAUAUAAAUUAAACAAUUUCAGUCUGCACAGCCUUCUUCAAGUGCAAAAAAUGCAAACAGAAAAACAGUUCAAAAAAGGGCAGCUUGUUUCUAAAUACAUCUGUCACAACUUGGACAAAUUUGGAAUAUUCAUUUACCAGCAGUAUAACUGGAUGCAGAAAAUCAUCAUCCCAAAGUGAAGCUGGGAUGAUCCUGAAAUCAUAUAUAUAUAUUGUGAGCAGCUUGUCUUUGAGGAUAUUUACAAUUUUUUAUUUUUUUCAAAUAGAAAAGUCAUUAUUACCAACGGCAAGGUUGUUCAGCAGGAGCUAUUUUUGAUUAGGCGGACAAAAAAAACUGGUUACCUUUUCCACCUCAUUUCACACAUCUAUGCACUUAUAGAAUGAACAUAAAUGAACUUUAUUGAAUACAUCUGUUCUCUUCAACAGCAGCAGUGUCUUUGGCAGAAAUAAAAAUGUUUUAAAAUUGCAACUUUGGCAGAAAUCAAAAUGUAUUAAAAUGGUAACUUGAUGUGCACCUUGAUCUCAUAACUAUGUACACAACAUUGCCAAGCAUUACCUUGAAUUGUACACUUGGGGAAAUCAUCUUGUGAAGAGGACGGCACUCCACCUCCAAUUCCAAGAUACUUCUCAAUAGCUCCUUUGAAUCAUCCAAAGUACAAAAUUCAAUUCAAUUCAAUUCAAUUUUAUUUGUAUAGCCCUCAAUCACAACAGAAGUCUCAAAGGGCUUUACAGAGGCAAUAUGAUACACAAUUAGAAAUGAAGCAACAAAGAUGAAUAGAUGCAGUUCAAGUCCUGGGUAUCCCCUAUCCUUAAGACCCUCCAUGCCGGCAAGGAAAAACUCCAAAGUCAAUUGGGAGAAAAAUGAGAAACCUUGGGGAGUACCACAGUCAGGAGAGAUCCACUCCCAGGACGGAUAGACAGGAACUCCAGAACGGCUAAUGGGAAUUAGCAAGCGAAAUUAUAGUCCGUAAAAAUACAGUGGAGUGAAGAUGCAAGAAGAAGUCCCUCUAGUCAGAUGAGACGGGGGUAGCAGCGAGGACGUCUAUCCAGCCAGGGGUCCGGACAGUCAGGAGGCUGCAGCUGAAAAAUAGCCCCUCUCCAGAGGGGAGGGGGGAAAGGGGACACCGGGUGACUAGUGAUGAAGAGACUAGACAACUAGAUAUUAACAUUGGAAAAUAGAAAUAAAGUAAGACAAGUGGUGGG